AGUUACUCUGCUUCAGCGGGCGGGGAUGAAAGGUUGUAAACAUGGCGGCGGCCUUGGACGAGGAUGAAAUUGAUAAUGAUGACUACUAUUCCCUUCUUAAUGUCAGAAGAGAGGCUACACAGGAUGAGCUGAAACAGUCCUACAGAAGACUUUGCAUGCUAUACCACCCUGACAAACAUAGAGACCCUGAGCUUAAGAGACAAGCGGAACAACUCUUUAAUUUGGUGCACCAAGCCUAUGAAGUUUUAAGUGACCCCCAGUCCAGAGCUAUAUAUGACAUCUAUGGCAAAAGAGGGUUGGACGUGGAGGGAUGGGAGGUGGUGGAGAGAAAGAGGACUCCGGCGGAGAUUCGAGAGGAGUACGAGCGUCUCCAGAGAGAGAGAGAGGAGAGGAGGCUGCAGCAGAGGACCAACCCCAAGGGCACAAUCAGUGUUGGAGUGGACGCCACAGACCUGUUUGACCGCUAUGAGGAGGAGGAGUACGAAGAUGCACCAAGCGGAGGCCUUCCUCAUGUUGAGAUCAACAAGAUGCACAUAUCUCAGUCUAUAGAGGCGCCUCUGACCACCAAAGACACGGCCAUCCUCUCCGGCUCGCUUUCCACACACAACGGCAACGGCGGGGGAAACUUCACCCUGGCCUUGCGCAAAGUCACGUCUGCCAAGGGCUGGGGAGAGGUGGAGUUUGGUGCUGGAGAUACGCAUGGGCCUCUUUUUGGAUUCAAAGUCUUCCGUAACUUGACAACUCGCUGCUUUGUGACGGGCCAGUGCGGUAUGCAGUUCUCGUCCCGCGGCAUCCGUCCGGGCGUGACCACGGUGCUGGCGCGUCACCUGGACAAGAACACCAUGGGCUACCUGCAGUGGCGCUGGGGCACUCAGUCCUCCAUGAACACCAGCAUCGUCCGAGACACUAAGAGCUCCCACUUCAGCCUCGCUGUGCAGCUGGGAAUACCUCACACCUUCAUGAUGAUGAGCUACCAGUACAAGUUCCAAGAUGAUGACCAGACCAAGCUAAAGGGAUCGGUCAAGUCAGGCUUCUUUGGUACGGUGGUGGAGUACGGUGCGGAGACAAAGAUCAGUCGACACAGCGUUCUGGGAGCGACUGUCAGCGUCGGAGUGCCUCAGGGCGUCUCGCUAAAAAUCAAGCUGAAUCGAGCCAGCCAGACCUACUUCUUCCCCAUCCACCUGACGGAUCAGCUGAUGCCCAGUGCCAUCUUCUACGCCACGGUCGGCCCUCUCUUAUUCUACCUGGCCGUGCAGCGGCUCGUCAUCAGGCCUUACGUGAGCGCCCAGAAGGAAGAGGACCUGGAGAAGCGCCGACAGAGUUCUGCCACGGACAUCGCCAGAAAGAAAGAGGAGGCCGAGUCCGCCGUUUUGCUGAUGCAGGAGUCCGUACGCAGAAUCAUUGAAGCCGAGGAGUCCAGAAUGGGUCUGAUAAUCCUUAACGCUUGGUACGGAAAGUUUGUGACGGACAACAGCAGGAGGCACGAAAGGGCAAGGGUCAUCGACGUGACGGUGCCGCUGCAGUGUCUGGUGAAGGACUCCAAGCUGAUCCUCACAGAAGCCUCAAAGGGUGGUUUACCUGGGUUCUAUGACCCGUGUGUGGGGGAGGAGAAGAGCCUGAAGGUUCUCUACCAGUUCCGAGGAGUGAUGCACCAAGUGCUGUCUGCCGACACAGAACCUCUCAGGAUACCGAAACAAUCUCACAGAAUUGACAAUGACACCUAGGACCUCUGCUGGGCAAAGGAGGGGAUGACUUUGGAAGGACAAACUUGCAUAAGACUCGAGAUACCUGCUGUGCCCUAGAAGUCAUACAUAUGUGCAUCCAUCUGUAUGCUGUUCAUUUUUUUAAGAAAAGAAAAAAGCAAACGAAAAUGUUUUCUAGGAAGGCUGCUGUGUAUAAAAUGGGACUUGUUUGGAUGCCAUGCCACAUCGAAGAUCCUCUGGAACUUUGUGCCCUUUUCGUAAACGUAUACUGAAAAUGGGUGUUUAGUGUUUUUUUGUUUUUGUUUUUUUGUUUUUCAGAUUAUCAUUCAAAUUCCUUUAUUAUUUUGACACCCUAGACCCCUCAGCAAAAAAAAGAUCAUAUCUGUUAUGGUUUUGAUGGGCAUUUGAACACCUUAUGUACGAAGAGAUGUAUAAAGGGGGGGAUAAAUUACGCACCAGUGCCUCAUUUUAACUCCUGUGGGAGUUUGUCAUCCCCUGGAUUACUUGCCAUGUAUAAACGUGUUGAAGAAGCAUGCUGCUCAACCAAUUCAGUGAAUUGCACAGGGGAAAAAAAACGACAAAAAAGAUAAUUGCGUGCAACGGUCAGCAUUGUGAUGUAUGAUAAUAGCAUUUUUAUUUAAAUGGCACAGAAUAAAUUAGCCUGAGAAACUUUUUGUGGAAUACUUAUAGAUUAUUAUUGAUAAUUGUCACAUUAUAUUUAUGCAAUAUUUUAUGAUAUAUUGUUGAAAGAACUCAGAAUGACUCAAGAGUGUGGUCGACACUGGCAGACUCUGUGAGGAAAACAAACUUAAUCUUUGGAAUGUGCCUAACUGUUCUCAUUUUACAAAGUUCAAGAAAGUCUGAAACCAGAAAAUAAUGGUUUUGAACGCCACAGAAAAAAAUGGCUGUAUCAGUAAUCCCUACAUCAAGUAAUGAAUGUGGCUUUUUUAUGACAGAAGGGAGUAGUCAAAACCGUAUAAGAUGCAUUUUACAACCAAUCGGGGAUUACCCUGUGAUCUUUUAUAUAAACAUUAAAUUCACACUAAAAUCACAUUUGUAAAAUCUGUGUUGAACUCUCCUCGUUUGGCCAAGAACUGAAAUACAGUUUUGUGUUUUCUUGUGCCAUAUGGUGGAAAGAAACAAUAAUAAUUGAUUAUUACUUCCUACUUCACUGCACUGAUGCCCGGUGAUAAAGGGAAAAGUGUUAUUGGUUACUUGAAGUAUUGAGUGGUUUGUCACCUCUUUGCAGAGACCUGAAGGGAACACUUUGAACAUUGAAGAUGAUGCAUGAGUGCCUACACGUGGUGAUUUGUAAACUAAUGAGACGGGGUGGAUGGUCAAAAUAAAAUAUCUACAGUUUUAUGAA